GUACAUUUUAGAGACCUCGAUGUUUCGAUGUUUUGGAAAACAUCGAUGUAUCGAUACAUCGCCGAUGUUAUUUCCAGCUCUAGUACAUUUCAUUUUAUUUUUCGAGCAGCAAACGCUCGCCGGCAGCGGUAAUUGUGGAGCGAUAGAAACGCCAGCGCCAUGCCCAUAGACAUAGACGCACGACGACCAAGUGCCAAAAGCGAGAACCGAGCGUGAGCGACUGCCAGGAGCAGGAUCCAUCCGAAUCCGCUAGUCAAGAGUGAGCGAGUGAGCGCUUGUGCCAAGCCAAGUUGCAUUUAGUUUGAGCCCCCACCCGACCAACCCAAAAGCGAGAGAUGGGCAACAAGAACUCGUGCUGUGCGUACUCCAGUCCGCAGUCGGAUCGCAAGUCCAAGGACAUGCCGCCGGUCUUCGAGGAGCGCCACCAGCUGAGCCAUCCGCCGCACACGUCGCAGCAUCAGCUGGACGGCCACCACGGCUCCACGUCGGCGGUGCAUCUGCAUCACCAUCAUCAUGGUCAUCAGCAGAAUCAGCAAAGUAGUGGCGACAAUUUCGAGAACCAGGCCAAUCUGCAGCACAUCUCGGAGCGAGAGGCGCUGGAGGGCGAGGAGGAUCCCUCGGUGGAUCCCACGGCGGCCACCAUGUUCCUGGAGCGUUCCAAAGUGGAGAAUGGCGGGAUGACGCGCAAGCGUUCGCAGCAGCAGAUUGCCCAGCAGACGGGAAGUGGCGGGGGCGGCGGAGGAGGCAGCACUCCUGGUGGAAAUAGUUGCGGCGGAGGAGGCGGCGGCAUGAAGAAGAGCUCCUCCUGCUCGACAAUCUAUCUGGAUGACAGCACGGUAUCGCAGCCGAAUCUUAAGAACACCGUCAAAUGCGUCUCGCUGGCCAUUUACUAUCACAUCAAGAAUCGCCAGUCGGACCGACGGCUGGACAUUUUCGAUGAGAAGCUGCAUCCGCUGACCCACGACCAGGUGCCGGAGAACUACGAUACGCACAAUCCGGAGCACCGGCAGAUCUACAAGUUCGUGCGCACGCUCUUCAACGCCGCCCAGCUGACCGCCGAGUGCGCCAUCAUCACGCUAGUCUACCUGGAGCGGCUGCUCACCUACGCGGAGCUCGACGUCGGUCCCUGCAACUGGAAGCGCAUGGUGUUGGGUGCCAUUCUCCUCGCCUCGAAAGUGUGGGACGAUCAGGCCGUUUGGAACGUGGACUACUGCCAGAUACUCAAAGACAUCACCGUGGAGGACAUGAACGAGCUGGAGCGGCAGUUCCUCGAGCUGCUGCAGUUCAACAUCAACGUGCCGUCCUCGGUGUACGCCAAAUACUAUUUCGACCUGCGGACGCUGGCCGAGGCCAAUGAGCUCAACUUCCCCACGGAGCCGCUGUCCAAGGAGCGGGCCCAGAAGCUGGAGGCCAUGUCGCGGGUGAUGCAGGACAAGGUGACCGCCGAGGCGCUGAAGAACGGGAUCAAGAAGUGGUCCUCCAUGGACAACAUCAGUCAGGGCGGGCCGCGUCGCAGCGUGGCCAUACUAUCGUGAUUUAUAUUAGCUUACUAAAGAAACAGAACAACAACCAUCGUCGGGCAGCAUUGAGUCAGGAAAUGUGUAAUCCGUAGUCCGUAGUCCGCAUCCGAUCGAUCGUAACUUGAGAACGAACAACCGUAGCUCUCCAGGAUUUUUAGCCAGCACUCUAAAGGAACAUCCAUGCAGAAUCAUAUACAAUACACUCAAAGAAAAACGUUUUAACCACACGUCUCGAAUUAAGGACCACUUUUUACAUAUACAUGCGAACGAUGUAUAUUCUUGUAAGCGAAACUACCGAUUGCAGUCAAGGAUUUGGAUGAUUUUAACACAGAAGAGAGGAGAUACAGAAGUACUACAGCAACGCGUAACCAAUUGCCAAACGAGAAAUCACAGAAACAGUAGAGAAUUGUUUGUAAAAAGGCUUAAAUAUUUGUAAUUGAGUCGGAUCGGAUCGGAUCGGCAUCCAAUCAAUUUAAUCUCAACGCGAGAAAUCGUCAUUUACUUAGCGUCCGCGCCCAGAACAUUUCCCUGUACAUUUGUUACGAAUUUAAUUUGUUUACUUUGCCCCAUUUUCUUAAUACCUUAAUAUGAUUUCGUGUGAUUCUUAUAGUUUCCAUUUAGCUUUAUACGAUGAACGAUAUAUAUUCGGCUUCCCCGCAAAUCAGGCUUUAGGCACAAAAAGAAGAGGAGUAGAAGGAGGGGCGCGGCCUGCGGCAAGUUGAUUUGUUUUUUUCGGUUCUUAGCAUUAGAAAACAAACAAAAUAUGAGCAAGAGUAUGGAAGAGCACAGCGCAAUAUUAACCCAAAAGAUUUGUGAGUAAAUUAAUGUACUAGACAUAUAAGGAUACGAAUUAUAUGCAAAAUGUAUUUUAUUUUGUAAUUUAUUUUACGAUAAAGCUAAAUAAAAGCAAAUCAAAGAGGAAAA